UGUUUCCACAAUGCGGCAUGUGAGUCGAAUGAUAAUCUGUGUAUGACACGUAGUAACGUGUUAGAUGUUUAAUUCGUUGUAUUGCCAAUAAAAGUCGGUGAUUAAGUGUAAUUUUCUAUACCGCUUUCAUUGAAUAGAGUUAAAAAAAUGUCAGGGAAACAGUCAAAAGCCUUUACUAAGGAAGAGGAACUGCUUCUCCAGGAUUUUAGCAGAAAUGUGUCGACUAAAUCGUCAGCACUGUUUUAUGGGAAUGCAUUUAUUGUUUCUGCCAUACCAAUAUGGUUGUUCUGGAGAAUUCAUAUGAUUGACCUGUAUUCGUCAAUUAUCUCCUUCAUCGCAGUGACAUUAGCCAGUACAUAUUUGGUUGCACUGGCAUAUAAAAACACCAAGUUUAUUUUGAAACACAAGGUUGCUGUGAAAAGGGAAGAAGCAGUAACCAGGGAAAUGACUAGGAAAUUGGCAGAAGAUAAGAAGAUGAGUAAAAAGGAGAAGGACGAGAGAAUCCUAUGGAAGAAGAACGAAGUUGCUGACUACGAGGCAACAACAUUCUCUAUCUUCUACAAUAAUGCCCUCUUCCUGGCUCUAGUAAUCUUCUCAAGCUUCUACCUCUUGAAGACAUUCACUCCAGCGGUGAACUACAUUCUCUCAGUUGGAGCUGCAGGAGGAUUGCUUGCGCUGCUGUCCACAGGCCCCCAGUGAACUCAUAGCAGUGCUGUGUGAACAGAAGAGAGAGUAUCAAAGAUAUCUGAGCAGUUUUUUGUAAAUCUUGUGUAUCUGUUCGUAAAUCAAUAAAAAAUUAUGAAGUA